UAAAUGAAGCCGGAGCGAUCAACCCGAGAGUAGCAGAGGGAAUAUAGAACAAGUCGUAUGACUUAAGUUUUGCCUUGCUCCCAGCUCAUCAGCAUCUGCAGCCUCCAUACCUCUGAGGGGAUCAGUGUAGUGUAGUGAGAAUGAAGGGGUCGAGAUCCCUCCUUCCCUUCAGGCUCCAUAUCUUCAAGAGGCUCUCAGCGUAUCCUCGAUGGAAAGUUGUCUCGGGUUUUCUCGGCGCCCAAUUCUUCAUCAUCCUCAUCAUGAGCCUGGGGUUGAGAUUCGGUCCGGUCGGUCAGCUCGCCAGCUCGCCUCCAAGACCUGGAAGCCUGCUUGUCUUCUGCGAUGAUGACAAGUACCAAGGGAAGUUGGAGGUGCUAUUGAAGAGAGCAAGUGAUCUGUCGGGAGGGAGUGUCGUCAGUCCGUUCGCCACGAUCUCGAUCGAUGGUAAGAUGGUUGACAACAGGGAAGCAAAAUUCGGAUGGGACUCGAAGUUCCGCAGGCCGUCCUAUUUCAACGAGCGAAAUCCACAAUGGAAUGAAAGGAAAUGGUUCUGUGUGCCCAAAGGAAACGUGACAAUCAGUUUGCACAUCUUUGACUAUCAUAUGAUUGGGAGCAACGAUGAGAUCGCAACAGGCAACAUCUCCUCUCUCUUCCAGCUCGCUGUAGUCGAGCACACUAGCGGAACUCUGCCUGAACAGACUUUCCAGCUUUCAAAACCAGGAGCAGGAGCAGGAGCAGGAGGAACAGCCACGGUAGGCAUGAGAUUCUUUCCUUCCAUGACGUAUGCGGAGGUCGCCGACUCCCUGGACACUGGCGACGUCAUCUUAUUCUCUGGCGCGACCCGGUCGGGAAAGUUUAUAGAGGUAGCGACAGAGUCACAAUUCUCACACAUUGGGAUAGUCAUGAGGGAGAAUUCCUCUCUGAUGGUGAUAGAGUCGAGCACCAACAGGGCAAACCUGCACGACUGUGUGACGGGAAAAGUCUCCUCGGGGGUGGAGAAACUUUGGCUGCCGGACAAGAUCUUCUGCGCGUUCUACAACCGGGUCGCCAUCCGCAGACUCCACCUCAAUCCACCUCCCCUCCCCUCCUCUUCUGCCUCUUCCUCUUCCUCACCAUCUUCUACCUCUCUUCCUCUCUCUCGAGCUCAGUUGGAUCAACGGAUCCGCCAAUUCUAUGCAGCGCACCAGGGGGUCCCAUACGAAGAGUUCAAGCUUGACAUGGUGAAGGCUGAGUUCAACCGCAACCAUCACUUCGACAACUCUUCGCUCUUCUGCUCCGAGUUCGUCGCCUACGCCUUCCGCUCUGUUGGCAUCUUCGCCUCCAGUGAGCUCCCCAGCAACGUCCUGCCCAACGAAUUCUCGUCAGAGACGGACAAGCCGCUGCUCUCCUCGCACGUCUACCUUGAGAACGAGAUCUACAUCAGGAAGCCUCAGCAGUGGAAGCAGGGCCGCUGCUUCAUGCACCCCGAAACGUGCGGCUGCGGCAGGCAGGAGACAGCAUACGAUAUCAGCUUUGCGUGCUGGUCACAACCCUGCGGCAGCAUGUUUGCUGUCUGGUUCGGCGCGCUGUGGGACGUGGGGCUGGGGCUGAGCCUGGAGAUUUUCAUCUUCGAUCUCAUCAUCCUGUGGGCUUCCUCAGUUGUGCUGGUCAACUUGUACAUCAUCCGCACCCAUCAGAUCUGGUUGGCGCAAACCAAGAAAGUCUCUCCGGACUCAGAGGAGGGGAGAGGGGGGCAGACGGGCGACGGGGGGGAUGCGAUGACACAUGAAGAACAUGAGAGGGGGGGGAGAUACGCAGGAUCAGGGGCUGAUGACUUGGAGGAGGGAGGAGGGGAGAAGGAGCACGAGUGA